AUGUUCAACCUGUCCAACAACUCGCGUCUUCGCGGUUCGGGUCAUAUGAUCCUGAACGUCUUCCGCGCCUUCAACGUCAUCGGCCUCCUCGCUGUUUGCGCCUCGACCUGGGUCAUGAUCGUCAUGUCCAUCCUCAAGGGCAACUUUGCUUUCUUUGAUUCGGCUUCCCACUUUUUCACCUUCUCUAUCGCCGUCUUCCUUCUCGUCUCCGAGCUCAACAUCUUCCGCAACUACUUCGAGCGCAACUGGCCCGUCCUCUCAAGCGAACAUGGCCUCAGCUGGCUGGGAAUCGCCAUGAUUGUCAUGGGUUGCCAGGUCCUUGCCAACAUCACCGAGCCGGCCUUCUCCAUCCAGACCCUUGGCUUACCUCUUUGGCGCCUCCUCCUGUCCUCGGGCAUUCUCGUCAUUACCUUUGGCUUCUUCAACAUCGUUUCCUCAAUCGUCUUUCGUGACGGAGAUAAUGGACUCAACGCGCGCAGUAUUCGCAAUGACGGCAGCCUUGCCUCGGGCAAGAGCUCACUCGUUGAUGGCUACUCGGUCCGGAGCAACUCUGUCCGCGAGGAGAAAGCCUUCAGGCGCAUGACGCAGAAGUUCACCCCCUGGAACAAGAACAGCAGCACCCGCCCCAAGAUCAGCCACCCGAUUGCCUCCGACGUCGAGCAAGGCCACACUCCCGACAACGACCGCGACUGGGACGAGGACCGUCGCAGUCCCAUCUUGCCCGAUCUCGCCCGCCCGCCGACUGCGCUGCAUCCCAUGAACACUGGCAACGUUCGGUACACCAAGUACAGCGAGGCUAGCAACAUGGAUCGCUUCUAA